UUGCACUAACUUUACUUUUAUGGCUGUGAACGAGAAGUCGUAGAUGGGGAGUUCGACCAAUAAAUAGGUUGAGAAAGCAGCAAGGCGAAUAUUGGAAUUUAUUUCUUGAAAUGAAGGAACAUGACAAAGAACAGUUCUUCCGAUAUACAUGUAUGGAUGCACAGAUGUUUGAUCAAUUGUUAUCUAUGUUUAGAUGAGAAACUACUGAGAGAACGCGCGCGCGUAGACGCAAAAUUAGAAAAUGGGCCAAACGCUACGUUCGAACGCACGUCUGACCGUGCGUUCGAUGCCAUCUUGACUUGUUGCAUUACAUUACAUGUGUUCCAACCUUUGCGUUCGCGUUCGAACGAGCGUUUGACGAGUGUGACUGGGCCCUUAUGGGAAUCGGUCACAGUCACAUGUCAUUUUUUGAAGAGGCCACAUUGCCGUAUCAGCCAUUUGCGGCCACUUCUGUUGUGCAAAGAAAAUGAAGAUUUUGCUAUUUGUCAAAGCCUGAGGACAAUUUAUGCUGAGACUCGAGCACAACUUGGUACCGUUGUACAUGAAUGUCUUGCUAACAAAAUUGAGUAUGCACGUAAGAGCAAAUGUAUUGCUAAUGAACUACCGCAAAUCCAUGCUGAAGUAAAAUGUCUGAUGACAAAUUUGGAUGAUAUUUUAUUACAAGAAAAAGUUAUUAACAAAAAGAUAUGCAAUAUUGUGAAACAACAGGAGGAUGUGCAGAUUGAAAUUGAAAGGGAGAGAAAACAGAAAGAGAAACUGUCUCUAGAAAUGGUUGACUCGCAGCAAGAGCUGGAAGAGAAAAAAACAAAAAUGCGAGAAAAAUGGGAUGCGAUAAAGAAAGCUUGUGCUGUAUUUAAGGAGACCUUACAACUGCACAUACGAUUAGAUACAAUAGAAGAAGAGGAGUUCAUUAGGAUAUCAUUUUUUGUAAACUUGAACAUAGCAAUGGACGAGUAUACACAUUACGUGGAUUUAGUGCACAGUAACAAUUUCUGGAAAGUGAAAAAAAUUGAACCAAAUCUGGAACUUGAACAUGAGGAAGAACUAAUCAAAGUUGUGGAUUUUAAGAAACAACUCAACACAGUUCAUGUAACCAUGCUACUUUAUAAACAAUUAUUACUGUUGAAUCUGGGAUUGGAAACUGUAAAUCACAGUGUGGAUAAAUUACUUAGAAGUUACGUACAGGUCUCUGCAUUAUCUUUAUAUGGCACCUAUCAUAUGUAAUUCUAGUCAUUUACCUAAAAUACUUAAAAGUUUAAUUAGUUAUGACUUUGAGUCCUAGCAAUAUAAAC